ACCACCCGCAAGCCUUAAAGCUGGUCAGAGGAUGGAUGAGUCAGAUGAUGAUUUUAAGGAACUCUGUGCCAGCUUUCUCCAAAGGGUGAAAAAGAAUGUCAGCAAGGAAGUGUUGGGUGAAAGAAAGGGACAAAAGGCCUCAAACAGCACUCAGAUAAGCAAACCGAAAAGGACCAAACCAACUGGGACCAGGGGCAAAACCCUUCCAGGCCCGAGGGAGAAGAAAACUUGGUCUGGCAGCCAGGCCCCAAGGACUAAAGAGCAAGGGGCCCCCAAGCAGCAGGAGAGUGAACCAGCUCCCCCCAAGAAUGGAGAGGGAAGUGUGCUUGCCUCCACUCCACUCCAGAAGGGUGCACAGACCACCCAGACAGAGGCUGCUCCGGACAGCAACUCCCAGCCCCCUCCUUCCUGUCUGACAGUGACAGCGCCAAGUCCCUCCAAAGCCCGGACGGCAGAGUUGGUUGUACAGCGAAUGCAGCAGUUCAAAAGGGCAGACCCUGAGCGUUUGCAGCAUGCUUCAGAAAGGUGCUCCCUGGAGGCGACGCUUGAAGAAAACACCCCACGGGGCCCUCCAGAGGAGAUGACAGCAGGGCAUGGGCCGGGCUACGGGCUCCUCGUGCUGGAGAGCACCCUGCAGCAGGGCCUUGGGCCCCACGGAGCAGCCACAGCCACACCAGAGGGCAGCCUGGAGGAGGCAGGGCUGUUCUUCUGCCAGAUCUGCCACAAGAACCUCUCGGCCAUGAAUGUGACGCGAAGGGAGCAGCACGUGAACCGGUGCUUGGAUGAGGCUGAAAAGGCACUGACACCCUCCAUACCUCGGAUCCCCGAAUGCCCAAUUUGUGGCAAACCCUUUCUCACCCCAAAGAGCAGAAUCAGCCACUUGAAACAGUGUGCAGUGAAGAUGGACGUCGGCCCCCAGCUCCUGCUCCAGGCCGUGCGGCUGCAGACAGCUCAGCCUGACGGGGCCUGUAGCACACAGGCAUCAAGCUUCAGCAAUCACGGAGGUUUGAAGCGGAAGGGAGCCACCAAUAGGAAGGAGCUGCAGAAGAAGCGGAAGGUCAACGAGCCCGAGGUGCCAUCUGAAGACUUGCUGGUGGCCAUGGCUCUGUCCCGGUCCGAGAUGGAGCAGGAGGCCGUGCCCCCCGUGCUGAGACUGGAAAGCGCUUUCUCCGAGAGGAUAAGACUGGGGGCAGAAAAGAAGAGUCGCAAGAGGAAAGCACCUGCCUGCCCUCCCCUGUUGUUACUCCAAGACCCGGAGACCACAGGGAGGCAGACCGAAGACCGGGUGGCCCAGCUCUUUGCGGAGGAGAUGGAGCUGUCCAGCACACCGCCACUUCCUGCGAGCAGGAUCCUACAGGGGGAGCUGGAAAAGGCUGGCCAGAGUCUGCAGCCGCCUGGAGGGAAGAAGAACUUUUUGUGGGAGGGCAGUGCCCUGACUGGAGCCUGGGCUCUGGAAGCCUUCUACACCACAAGCCUGGUCCCUCCCCUGGUGCCCCAGCGGUCUGCCCCUGCCGAGGGUCUUGCCCAGGACUCCACGCUGCCACCUGUGCUGCUUGACCAGCCAGAGCUGGGUGUGCGAACACCACCUCGCCACAGUGCCCAGCCUGUGGGCUGUGGCCCCCAGAACCCAUCACCCUCUGCCAGCCAGAGAGAGCACCAGGCCCUGCAGGACCUUGUGGACCUGGCAGGAGAGGGGCUGAAUGCCACCCCGUGGCCCUGCAGUGGGGGCUUGGCCAGCUCAGGAGUGGCCGCAGGGAUGGAUGUGUCGUCCACUGGCCUUCCACCGACUGGGUUUGUCCUGCCACCUGAGAAGCACCUGGAGGGGGGCGGCCAGGCUUCACUCACCCUCGGUUUGCUGCUGGCGGACUUCAGGGCCAUGGUCAAUAACCCACACCUGAGCGAUAUCCAGCUUCAGACGGACAGCGGAGAGGUGCUCUACGCACACAAGUUCGUGCUUUAUGCCCGGUGCCCCCUUCUCAUGCAGUAUGUGAACAGUGAAGGCUUCUUCGCUGUGGAGGAUGGCGAUCUGAGGAGUCAGCGUGUGCUGCUGAGUGACGUGAGCACCGAGGCCAUCCAUGCGCUCCUGCACUACCUCUAUACCGCGGACCCCGGCGUGCCUCCCCAGCUGGCCCCCGACCUGAGCGCUCUGGCCCACAGGUUUGGUGUUAGUGAGCUUGUUCUUCUGUGCGAACAAGCACCUGACAUGACAGAUUCAGAGGACACACCGUGGAAGGAGAAGGAAGACAAGGAUUGUGAAAGCCGCGCGGAGAACUUCCAAGAACUCUUGAGGUCCAUGUGGACAGGUGAAGAGGAAGAAGCAGAGGCUUUGAUGAAACCUGAGGGUUGUGAAGAAGACAGAGAAAAAGUGAAUGAGGCAGAAAUGGAAGAAAUUUAUGAAUUUGCAGCCACUCAGCGAGAGCUGCUCCGGGGGGAAGGGGCUCCAGAGAUCAAGGAAAAAACUGACCCAUUCGGGGAGGAUGGUCCAGUGUCCGUGCAGAUCUUAGGAAGUGACCAGGUUAGCGGAAGAGAAGAGGCCCCAGCCAAAAGGAAGAGCGCAAGACAGUCCACGCCCCUGCUGCUCAAGGGCCAGGGCGCGGGAGAGAAAGCAGGCUCCCCGGAGGGAGCGCUGGGUCGUUCCAGCUCCCCUCGCCCUUCUGGAGGCUGCGGGCCAGGGAGAAAGGAAGGUGCUUUCUGGCACUCAGCUGAUGCUCCUGAGGCCCGGAUGUUUUCAUCAACUCCCAGAAGAUGCCCUGGACCAUCCCAGAUAAUGAGCCAUCUCCAGGAAGACAAUGACACCAUCUCGGGAAAGGGGACGGAGAGCCCCUGUAUCCCCACUCACCAGCAGGCACCCCCAUGGCACCCGCCCCUGUCACAGCCCCCUCGGGGCCAGAGUCUCAGGGGUGAGUCACCCUUGCCAGUGCCCCAGUCACAAGGCAGAGCUUCCAGGGCGGCCUCCCAGGACUCACCAUUGAAGCAGAGGAGGGGCAGGAGCCUCCUCACAUUAUUUAAAGAUCCAGGUGUCCAGAAGGGCGAAGAACAUAGUUCCCUGUUGGAAUGCAGAAAUAAAGGGAUUCUGAUCUCCCCAGAAAAAUCUCCUUCCAUCGACCUAACCCAGUCAAAACCUAGCUGUUUGAGCUCCAGAUCUCAAAAUACUCCAUCCAGCAAGAACAAAGAAGAUGAGAUUAUCCUUUUAUUGGAUUCAGAUGAAGAGCUGGAGCUAGAACAAACCAAAAUAAAGUCAGUUUUUAAUGGUCCCUUGGAAGAAAGGAAAGUUCUAGAAGUUAGCCCCAAGCCUUCUGAGCUGUUUUCUGUGAUUGACGUUGAUGCAGAUCAGGAACCUUUCCAAAGUCCAGCUAGAGGAGAGGCUUCACUGCCGUGCGGGGAUGGGAGGCUGUCAGGGAACCGGGGCUCUGUGGGGAGCAGAGGGACCCCUCAGCUGCCGUGUGACCCUGACAGUGGCCCUGAGGGGGACAGCACCACGGAUAUGUCAUGGUUCGUGCCUGCCACCCCACUGGCCAGCAGAAGGCGUGACUCUUCUUCACAGACCCAGAUAACAGGCCUCAGGUCCCGGGCUCCAGUGGAUCAGCCGGCUGAGGUCAAGCGCUGGACCCCAUUAGAAAAUAGGGGUGUGCCCGAAGCUGCAAGCCAGUGUUCCGUCAUCACGCCCCCCGUGUCGUCCUCAGGCCUGGUCUCCGUCAGUGCAGGCAGCCCCGACAGCAGGAGCCCUGCCAGGCCCCACCCUGCGCACCCCCAGCGCUGCUCUCCGGCUCCCUGUCCCAUCUCCCAUCUGGCCGAUUUCACUGGGCAGCCCCACAGGUGUUCGCCGCCAGGGCCCAGCCCACCGAGUCAGGUCAUCACAAGUGAAGUCGUGGAGGUGGAGGACAGCGAGGACGAGAAGGAGGUGGCCUCCUGUCAGGCCAACAGCAGCCCCCUGCCGGACAGCGACCCUCCAAUUCCGGUGGACGAGUGUCAUUGGCAUGUGGAGCCCCUGUCACCCAUUCCCAUUGACCGCUUGAACCUUGAGCAGACAGGCCCCCUGAGCACCAGCAGUCCGGGCAGUAAGGCAGGGGAGGCUCCAGACAGCAGUGGCUGCAGCUCUCCGGCCCUCCUGGGCACCCCCCCUGCCCGAGGGAGCUGCACUAGCCAGAGAAAGUCCCGAGAGAGGUCCCCUCGGGCCAGCGUGCCGUCGAGCAGCAGGCCAAGCUUUUUGAACUCAGCUCUGUGGGACAAUUGGGAUGGAGAGGAACAGAAGUCUUCAGAGCUCCUUCCUCCCGCCCAGACACUGAGUGAUGCUGCUGCUGCUCAGAAAUCAGAAGGGUUGGAGACGCCAAAAGGUGCUCAUCGGAAGAACUUGCCCCCGAAAGUGCCCAUCACCCCAAUGCCAAGGUACUCCAUCAUGGAGACCCCGGUACUGAAGAAAGAACUGGAUAGGUUUGGGGUCCGCCCUCUACCCAAACGCCAGAUGGUCCUAAAACUGAAGGAGAUAUUCCAGUAUACUCACCAGACUCUGGAGUCAGACUCUGAGAAUGAGAGCCAGUCCUCACAAGUGCUCCCAGAGGCUCCGUGCAGCCAGACCCACACCAGCAGGACCUCCAGGGCUGCUGGCCGUGCCCAGCUCGGGGCCACUUCUGGGCCUCUUCUCCAAAGGUCCAAGGGGUCCACUAAGACCAAGGGCCCCCGAAAUCAAAAGCAGCAGCCUGGUGGAAGCAUCCCUCCGAUGAACCUGUCACAGGCAAAGGAGGAGUCUCCAGAUCCUGAUGGUGACACCCAGCUCCCUGUGUCCCAGGAAUCAGUGGCCUCCUCCGUGGACAGCAGUGACAGCUCCUUUAGCUCACAAAGUUCUUCCUGUGAGUUUGGAGUGGCCUUUGAGUCUGCAGAGGAUGAGGAAGGUGAAGAGGAGGAGAGUGCAUCCCAGACAGCCGUGCAUGCAGCAGCCACGGAGGAGGCUGUGAGGCACUACAUCCGCUCCAGGCCGGCCCUCUACCGCAAGGUCCUGCUGUACCAGCCCUUCGAGCUGUCAGAGCUGCAGGCCGAGCUGAAGCAGCAGGGCAUCCGUGUGGCCACCGGGAAGCUGCUGGACUUCCUGGAUGCCCACUGCAUCACCUUCACCACUGCUGUGGCCCGGAAGGAGAAGCUCGAGAGGAAGAGGCGGCAGCCUGCAGCCAAGAAGAAGAGGGGCAGAGCCAACAGGCUGGUCCGCCCCUCCCCACCCCUGGCCGUGAGCAGCCUGUGAGGGUCUGCAGCCCCCCGGCAGCAAGCCAGGCUGCCGUGGGCGUCUCUGGACCUGGGGACCACCUCCACCCGCAGUGAAAGGGGCCAUAGCACCAAGCUAGGGCAGCUGUCCCCAACUCCAUUUCCUGGAAUAGUGUUCGGAGCUUAGCACCUCAGUCAGCACCCACGUUUGUCUCCCUUUAACCCCCGCCAAGCCCCUGGGUGCUUGAGAAGGGCUGUGGGCGGCCACCAGGUGGCCAAGGUGUCCUCGUCCUGAGAUGGCUGUCCGGGGCCAGCGGGGCCCUGCUCCAUCCUCCUUCCCAGCACUCGGGCCAUAAUCUCAGCCUCCACCAGCACACCAGGUGUCCACCAGCCUCUCGCUGCCUCAGGUGCUCCGCUGGCCCAGCCUUCCUGCCCAGACAUCUGUCAUUGUCACCAGCAGUCUCCAAACUGGGCAUAGCAGGAGGGCCCAGCACAGCUCUGAAGGGCCCAGAAUACGCAUGUUGUUUGUUAACCGGCUUUGCUGGUGUGUGGUAAGGCUGUCUCCAGCCUCAGGGGCGGCGUGGGGUGCGAGACGACCAGGGAGGAGAAAAAGUUUGUGUCUCUACAUCCUUGUGAAUGUCCCGUCUGUUUUAAAUACAGUGCAGUCCAUUUUAUAUGAUGUGCAAUAAAAACAGGAAGGCUUUA